CAACUUCAUAUUAGUACUAUACAAAAUCCAAUUGAAAAGUGAUAAUGAUUGAGAAAGGCGAAAGCAAGCACUUCGUUCUGGUUCACGGCUUCUGCCACGGAGGCUGGUGCUGGUACAAACUCGCCGCCGCGCUCAAGUCCAAUGGCUGCCGCGCCACCGCGCUGGACCUAGCCGGCUGCGGCGUCAACACCGACCUCGCUCCCUCGUUCUCCGACUACGUCCGCCCGCUCAUGGAUCUCCUCGCCUCCCUCCCCGACGCCGAGAGAGUCGUGCUCGUCGGCCACAGCUACGGCGGACUCGCCAUCUCCGCCGCCAUGGAGAAUUUUCCCGCCAAAAUAUCUCUGGCGGUGUUUCUCACGGCAUACAUGCCCAAUUGUACGGACCCACCCGCAGCUCUAAUCCAAGAGUUUUUCAAGAGAGGCUCGAAGAAAUCUUUCAUGGACUGCGAGUUUAAGUUCGAUGAAGCCGGUGUUCCACUCUCUGCCCUUUUUGGCCCCGAAUAUAUGGCGGCCAUAGUCUACCGGAACUGCUCCGCCGAGGAUUUGGAAUUGGGAAAGAUGUUGAUAAGGCCGAAUUUGUUUUAUUUGAAAGAAAUGAGCAAGAAUGGGCUGUUGUCAGAGGAGAAAUAUGGGGUAGUAAAACGUUGUUAUGUGAUGUGUGAGGAUGAUGAGGUAAUGGAAGAAGAGUUUCAGAGAUAUAACAUUGAGAAAAGCCCUCCAAAUGAAGUCAUUUCCAUUGAAGCAGCUUCCCAUAUGGCCAUGCUCACCAAAACUCAUCUUCUUUCAUCUUCUUUGCUUCAAUUAUCUCAUAAAUACCAUUAAUUACUAUUGCUCCAGUUUUGAUGCUUAGUACUACGAGUGCAUUUAAUUGGUCCUGAAAUAUGGUUCAAUUUAUUAUGGAAAGAACAGUAAUUCUCUGGUGUAGAAUAAUGAAGUUAUUGACCCCGAUUGUAUUAAAAUA